CCGUUCCCCAUUUUGCUCAAACCAAACCGAAAACCCACUUGCUCAAUCUAUCUGAUUUGCUUAAAAAAGCUCAGAAUUAUCUGCCUCUUUCCAUCUCUCUCUCCCUCCUACUGCAGUUUCAGUUCGGGUUUUUGUUUUCACCAGAACGGUGAGGCAAAUCUGACUGUUGAUUGACUUAAUCAAACCCACUUGGUGCUGUUUGAUUGAUCACAGCCGUUGAGCUGUUUCUGUUGUCUGGAAGUUACUUGCUUAAACGGUAGUUGGGUUGGCUUCACUUGCCGUUUAUAGCAAGUGAACCAACUUGGGCUUGGUCAAGUGAACCAACUAUACACAACUAAAAUAGAAACAUGGGUUUGGUUUAAUUAUUAUUAUGAUGCCUGUCUUUGUUGUUGAUGUUGUUCAGGUUUUUGUCUAAAAUUGGAAAUAAAAAAAAUUAAAUAAUUGAUUUUUUGGGUGAGUGUACGGAAGGUGUUUGAUCUAAUUAGUCCAUGGAAUGUUUGAUCCAAGCCCUGAAAUUUGAAAGCUUGAAGGUGGGUUUGGUAUGUGCUGAGGUUGCUGAGAUAUUUUCAAUGGAAGUUCUUUAGUAGCGUGGUUUUUGACGUGCAUCUGAGCUGAUUUUGAUCAUAAAUUUUCUGGAUAUGGAGAGUAAGGAGCUGAAUUUAAAUAAGGAGUGUGGUGCUGGUGUUGGAAAUAGUAAGGGGGGUGGAGAUGGGUUUGUUGAUAGAAGCAAAGUGAGGAUUUUGCUAUGUGAUAACGAUGCCAAUAGUUCGGAGGAGGUUUUUUCGCUUCUCGUGAAGUGUUCUUAUCAGGUGACUGCAGUGAGGUCAGCUAGACAGGUGAUUGAUGCAUUGAAUGCUGAGGGAUCUGAUAUUGAUAUCAUACUUGCUGAAGUUGAUCUCCCCAUGACUAAAGGCAUGAAGAUGUUGAAGUACAUCAUGCGGGAUAAAGAGCUACGACGCAUACCUGUUAUCAUGAUGUCGGCACAGGAUGAAGUCUCUGUUGUUGUCAAGUGCUUGAGGUUAGGUGCAGCCGACUAUCUUGUAAAGCCUCUACGAACUAAUGAAUUAUUGAACUUGUGGACACAUAUGUGGAGAAGAAGGCGAAUGCUUGGCUUGGCAGAAAAUAACAUUUUGAACUAUGAGUUUGAUCUGGUGGCAUCAGACCCGAGUGAUGCUAAUACAAAUAGUACUACUAUGUUCUCAGAUGAUACAGAUGACAGGUCUCGGAGAAGCACCAAUCCAGAGACAGGAAUGUCAACUCAUCAGGAAACCGAAUCUAUUGCUGUUGCCGUUGUUGCAGCUGCCGCCGCUGCAGCUGUGGCCACCAUUGCAAACACUAGCAACACUGCUGCUGCUGCUUUUGUGCCUCCUCUAUCUGAUGAACCAGAAUGUCGGCCUGAUGUGCCUGGAAUUUGUGACCGCCGGACGGGUCAAUUUUCAGCUGGUCCAAAGAAAAGUGAACUAAAGAUUGGUGAGUCAUCAGCCUUCUUCACCUAUGUUAAAUCAAGCAUGCCUAAAAGCAAUGCCCCGGGGAUUAUCAAUGUUGAUGAUAAUUCUACUCAAAAUGUGAGGAUGGAAGAGAAAUGUCAACCAUGCGGUCAACAGGUGAUUAUUGAUACACAAAUACAUGAAAAUGGAGAGGCAUGGGAAAACUGUUCUCAAGGAGAUGAGUUUCCUAGCAGUAGUAGUGUCCCAGAUUCUCUUUCCUUGGACAGGUCCUCUACCCCUACAGUGUCUAUGGAUUUUCCACAAAAAAGGCAUUUCAUAAACGAAAAGUUUGCUCAGGCACAUGCACCUCCUAGAAAUGAACCUCAGCACGAACUAUCGGGUUUACCUGCACAAACCACAUAUCCUUAUUAUAUGUCAGGCGCAAUGCAUCAAGUUAUGAUGCCAUCAUCAGCACAUCUGUUUCGAAAGAAUCUUCAUGACCUUCAAAAUCAUGCUACUUCAGCAAUGCUUCCUCAGUACAGUCACCUACCACAGUGUCUCCCUCAUGUAAAUGGCAUGGCACCUUUCCCCUAUUACUCAGUUGGUAUGUGCUUACAACCUGGUCAGAUGUCUGCUAACUCAUGGGCGUCAUUUGGGAGUCCAUCAUCCUCUGAAGUGAAGUUGAAUAAAGGUGACAGAAGAGAAGCUGCAUUGAUGAAGUUUAGACAGAAAAGGAAGGAGCGCUGUUUUGAUAAGAAAAUUAGGUAUGAUAAUAGAAAACGGCUUGCUGAACGGAGGCCCCGUGUGCGGGGACAAUUUGUUAGGAAGAUAAAUGGUGUAAAUGUGGAUCUUAAUGGGCAACCUGCUUCAGGUGAUUAUGAUGAGGAUGAAGAUGACGAGGAAGAGCAGGCAUCAAGAGACUAUUCUCCUGAAGAUGAUACUUCAGGAUAUUAAUUUGAAGUUGUUGGUUAUUGAUGAAGGGUUUAUUCUUUCGAUGUGGCAACCUGCAGUUACAAAGCUUUUGUUCCGGAAAUCUCUGCACCUUUAGCUGUUUCCCGUCUUGACAAACAAGAACUAAUGUUUGAUGGCUUAAUUGUGGAAUACAAACAUAAAUCCAUUGUUUGGAGGACACGAAUCAGGCCAAGUAGAGACAUUUGGUGCUUCCAAUGCAUACGCAUCGGGGUGGUUGAGGUGAUGUUAAUGUUCAUGUGGCACUUUGGAUGUCCCUUUUUCUUCACUCUGUUUUGAUUAUCAUUGGGUACCUAUCAAAUGGAGUGUAUGAGUUUUAAGUAUUCCGCCAUUGCAUAUGCGGGGGAAGGAUGCAAUCGCUACUUUGUAUUAUCUCCAUGGUCAUAUAUUUAAACAAUGCGAAUAAAAACCUUCGCAAUAUCUGUUUAGAAAUGUUGGCCUUAUGGGAAAUCGCUCCAAACGAGCAUGUAAUCUUGUAUGGAGUUUUAUAAUGAAAUGGAAAGCAUAGACUUUCGUCUUAA